AUGCGUUUCCACCGCGAUUUCUACAAUAUCAGAAAAGUGGACACUCACAUCCACGCCGCGUCCUCGAUGAACCAAAAGCACCUCCUCCGCUUCAUCAAGAAGAAGAUCAAGACGGACGGGAAGACGAUUGUGUUGAUGGAGGGCGGCAAGCCGGUCACGAUGCGCGAAGUUUUCGAGGGUAUGGGUAUCGAUGCGUACGAUCUCUCAGUCGACAUGCUCGACGUGCACGCCGACCGCAACACGUUCCACAGAUUCGACAAGUUCAACGCAAAAUACAACCCGGUUGGAGAAUCGCGGCUCCGCGAGAUCUUUAUCAAGACGGACAACCACGUCGGCGGCAAGUAUUUUGCCGAGCUGAUCAAGGAGGUGCUCUUCGACCUUGAGGAGUCAAAGUAUCAGCAGGCCGAGCCGCGUCUCUCGAUUUACGGUAGAUGCCGGGACGAGUGGGACAAGCUGGCGAGCUGGGCUAUCAGUCACGACGUCUGGAGCACGAAUGCUCGCUGGUUGAUCCAGAUUCCGAGACUUUACGACAUCUACCGCACGCGCUCCAUGAAGAACUUUGGUGAACUGCUCGACAACAUCUUCUUGCCGCUGUUCGAGGUCACCAACGAUCCAGCUUCCCACCCGGAACUUCACCGAUUCCUGCAACAGGUCUCCGGCAUCGACUCGGUGGACGAUGAGAGCAAGCAUGAAUUUGUACACUUCGACAUCCGCACCCCGGUCCCAGAAAAAUACACCGACAAAGAGAACCCGCCGUACAACUACUACCUCUACUACAUGUACGCCAAUCUGUCGUUGCUGAACGCGUUCCGCAGAUCUCGUGGUAUGAACACGUUCGCGUUGCGCCCUCACUGCGGAGAAGCCGGCCAUGUGAACCAUUUGGUGACUGGAUUCUUGACUGCUGAAAGUAUUGCUCACGGGUUGAUGUUGAAGAAGGUCCCCGUGCUCCAAUACCUCUACUACCUCGUCCAAAUGGGAAUCGCCAUGUCCCCGCUGAGCAACAACUCCCUCUUCGUCAGCUACCAGCGAAAUCCGAUGCACGAGUUUAUGCAGAAGGGCCUGAACGUCUCGCUCUCUACGGACGAUCCCCUCCAAUUUCACUACACCAAAGAAGCGCUGAUGGAAGAGUACUCAAUCGCCGCCCAGGUCUGGAAGCUGUCCUCCUGCGACAUGUGCGAGCUGGCCAGGAACUCGGUGCUGCAGAGCGGGUUUGAGGAUAAGGUGAAAAUCCACUGGCUGGGGCCCAACUUCAAGGAGGAAGGCGUUCUCGGCAACGACAUCCACCGCACCAACGUGCCGGACAUUCGCGUCUCCUACCGCCACGAGGCGCUCGUCGACGAGUUGACCAACAUCUUCCGCAGUCGCAUGUUUUUC